UUUAGUAGGGCUAAUUCAUUAAAUGAAUUGUGUUUCUUAAAAAUCACCAUAUUUUCAGUGAUUGAUUCGUCAAAUUCACUGCUAAAUCAACAAGUUUAAACUCUAAAAUUGUGUCAAGUGUUUUUUUAAAUGUUGGUGUUCGUGGCUGUUUAUAUUUACCGCUUUUUUGAACCUAUUUAAUUGAAAUGUACACAUAGUCAUAACAACGCGAUAUUAAUGUCAUUUGUAUUUGUGUUUUUAUUUGGUAUUCAUCUAUAUUUCAAGUUCUUUAAUUGAUAUUUUGUUUUACCUUUAAUCAUGGCUUUUCUUGGUAAAUUAUUUGGUGGUGGAAAGACUGCCGAAAGACAGGAACAAAAGGUUACUACAUCAGUGGCUAUUCAAAAACUUCGUGACACGGAGGAGAUGCUCAAGAAAAGGCAAGAACAUAUUGACAAUUUAAUCAAAGAACAGGAAACCAUCAUCAGAGCUAAUGGAACCAAGAAUAAAAAGGUAGCUCUUGCUGCUUUAAAAAAGAAGAAACGUUUGGAGAAACAAGCGGAAACUGUGGAGAACACACUAACUACAUUGGAUCUGCAAAGAGAAUCUUUGGAAAAUGCACAUACCAAUACUGAAAUCGUUAAAAAUAUGUCACUUGCUGCUAAAGCAUUGAAGACUGUCCAUAGUAGUAUGGAUGUUGACAAGGUUGAGGAUCUGAUGGAAGACGUUCGUGAGCAACAACAGUUAUCUGAGGAGAUUUUGAACGUAAUCACCGAUCGAAGCAUGUUUGGACCAGCUGUAGAUGAGGAUGAACUUCUUAAGGAAUUAGAAACAAUGGAACAAGAAGAAUUAGACAAACAGCUGUUGGAUGCUGGUAGCCUACCAGAAGUUCCUGAAGCAGCCCUGGUCGCUUCUGGUUCCAAAUCAAAAGAAAAAGAACCCGAGGAAGAUGAACUGGAGGCUUUGAAACAAUGGGCAGCCUGAUUACAUUCCAAUCGGGAGUAAGAAUUAUAUCGAACAUAAAACUAAAGCUAUAUGAUUAUAACUUACCUUGUCUUAUAUAUUAAUCUACUAAACAAGAUUAAAUUGGACAAAAUUAAAAUCGAAAGCAACAAAAUUUUAUUGCUGCACGAUAAAAUUAUCCAGUUAGUUUUAAA